ACUACGGCGUCUGCGUGUAACGCAUAGAUAACAAUCCCGAUAUUCGCAGCUUCUGUCAAAAAACGCUAUUGAUAGAUCACCAGCUGAUGCUGCUGGCGGAAUCGGCCGCCGAUAUUGAAAUAUAUUUCAGUAGUUUAUAGUUGAUUGAGUUUUUUCUCCAACAUCUCUUCCGAGAGAAUCUGAGGCACAUUGUGGGACAUCGACGUCCAGUGACGAUCACCCAGUGUACAUCGGACUUCCUUGACACUCUGGGUGCGGGACCCUGAUACAUAAUAAUAAUGGCACAGGAUAGCCCAACUUUGCAACCCGCGGAACAAUUCAAGCUUAUACCAAAAAUCAUAAAUGGUGGAAUUGCUGGAAUUAUUGGAGUUUCCGUAGUGUUUCCGCUCGAUUUGGUUAAAACGAGAUUACAAAAUCAAGUUAUCGGCCCGAGGGGAGAACGGAUGUAUACUUCAAUGUUUGAUUGUUUUAAAAAAACUUAUAAAGCCGAAGGCUAUUUUGGAAUGUAUAAAGGAUCCGCUGUAAAUAUAUUAUUGAUUACACCCGAGAAAGCUAUCAAACUUACUGCCAAUGAUACAUUUAGACAUUAUCUUUCUCCCGGAGUCGGACAAAAAUUGCCAAUAGAACGUGAAAUGCUCGCUGGCGGCUUGGCGGGAGCAUGCCAAAUAAUUAUUACCACUCCGAUGGAACUGCUCAAAAUACAAAUGCAAGACGCUGGCAGAGUCGCCAUGGCAGCUAAAGAAGCGGGUAAAGUGAUACCGAAGGUAUCUGCUUGGUCCUUAACGAUGGAUCUACUUAAGAAACGAGGUAUACUUGGGCUGUAUCAAGGAACUGGCGCUACGGCACUCAGGGACGUUACAUUUUCCGUUAUUUAUUUUCCUCUAUUCGCCAGGCUGAAUGAUCUCGGCCCGAAGCGAGAAGACGGUUCAUCUGUAUUCUGGUGUUCAUUCCUUGCCGGAUGUGCAGCCGGUUCAACGGCCGCAUUAAUGGUCAAUCCAUUUGACGUAAUCAAAACUAGAUUGCAAGUUAUCAAAAAAGCACCUGGUGAACCAACGUACGAUGGAGUAUUAGACUGCAUAACGAAGACAUUUAAAAACGAAGGACUGACAGCGUUCUUCAAAGGUGGUGCUUGCCGAAUGAUCGUCAUAGCUCCAUUGUUUGGAAUUGCGCAAACCGUUUAUUAUCUCGGAGUCGCCGAGUGGCUGAUGGGAUUGAAAUGAAAUCGCCAUAUCGUGCCGAUAUUGUGCCGAUAUCGUGCCGUUCAAAUACUCUAAGAAAAUCGACAAUAAUUGUUGUAGAUGUAGUUGUAUUAUGGCUUGAAGGAACCCGCACUACAAAAAAAAUAUCAUUGUUAAACGGAACUACGCGAUCGCUUAUAUGUAAGAAAAAGUAAAAGGUUGUGUAUAAAUUGCCGUAAUUCUCGCAGGUCGCGAAUUAUAACGGAUUCAUAGUUGAAUGAGAUAUAUAAUCCUAUCUUUCAUGCUCUCAUAAAGUCAUUAAAAAAUUAUUAAUUAAAUACAAUGGAAUCCUUGCGUAUGUAUAUAUACGUUUGUCUUAAACACUGUUUUUGCAAUGCAGAUAGAAUUAUAAAUUUCCAAUCAUAGUACAUAUUGUUUAAUACUGAAGUCAUUUUCCAAUAUAAUAAUGAUUUCUCAUCUUCCUUGUGUUUUGUAGUAUAUAUUACGCGAAAUCCUGCCCUUCUCCGUCCCGCUCUAUCUAUUGUAAUUUGUCGACAGACCUACGAUAUACAUACAUUGGGAUCUUUAUUGUAUAUCUACCAAACUAGCCAAUUAUAUAGUCAAUUAUAUAUGUACAUUAAAGACUUUAAUCAGAUUUAUCGUGAUAUUUUUUAAAACAAUUUAAUUUAGAAUGAAAUAAUACAAUAUUUUGUUAAAGCUCAUAUUUCUGUUAUCUAUAUUUUUUUUAUUUUUAUCUUAUUACAUCAAGAGAGAUAAGAAAAUGUUAUCUUUAUGACUAUGUGUAAUAUAAUAAAAAUUACAGGAUCUUUAAAAAAUGUAA